ACGGCAUCAAGUUUGGCUUCAUGUCCAUCUUCUCGAAGGCCAGUGCCUAUGCGCUGCAGGAUCAGCCCGUGGUGAACGCUGUCAUCGAUGGCACGGACAUUGUGUACCGCGAUUACGUGGACAUCUCUGUGGCCGUGGCCACGCCCCGUGGCCUGGUGGUGCCCGUCAUCCGGAACGUGGAGGGCAUGAACUAUGCUGACAUCGAGAUCGCCCUGGCCGUGGCCGACAAGGCAAAGCGGGAUGCCAUCACCGUGGAGGACAUGGACGGCGGCACCUUCAAUAGCAAUGGAGGAGUGUUCGGAUCCCUGAUGGGCACGCCCAUCAUCAAUCCGCCACAGGGCGCCAUUCUCGGCAUGCACGGCAUCUUUGAGCGGCCAAUCGCUGUCAAGGAGAGGUUCAAGAUUCGUCCCAUGAUGUAUGUGGCCCUGACCUACGAUCACCGAAUCAUCGAUGGCCGCGAGGCGGUUCUGUUCCUGCGCAAAGUCAAGGCUGCCGUGGAGAACCCAGCGAUCAUUGUAGCCGGCUUGUAGAGUGAAUUGUCUUAAAACGCGUCCACGGCCUUCAUUUGAUAUUAGCCACCAUAAUUUGAAACUAAUUUUUGGGUUAUUUAUUAUUUUAUUUCGCGAACGUCACAAAAAAAAAAUAGAGAAGCAACAAAAUUCGAACUCUACUCGUAGUAUGGGAAGUAGUCAAAAUAAAUCAAACGUGGAUCUUUUCUUAAAAUAAACUGUGCACUGAAUGUUACUGUUAACCUAAGACGCUGCGAAGCAAUGUCGUAAUAAAGCGAUGACGAAUAUUGACCAACCUCAAUGCAGGCUA